AUGUCCCUUCUGCGCGAAGCUGAGAAAUGUCUCGCUAACCAAAAGGCAUACGCUGGCCUCAAUGCCUUCAUUACCCCGCUGCAGCGCUCUGGCUCAUGGCUGGACCGGGUUCGAGAUGCAGAUGCUCGGAGGGAGAGCAGAAGCUCAAAGUCUCCACUCGACGGUCGAUUGAUCGCGGUCAAAGACAAUAUCUGUACUCGGACCCUACCGACGACAUGCGCCUCCGGAGUGUUGGAUAAGUUCACCAGUCCCUUUGAUGCGACGGUAGUCAAUGCCCUGGAGGAUGCCGGAGCUGUUGUAGCGGGCAAGACGAACCUGGACGAGUUUGGGAUGGGUUCACAUUCUAUUCAUUCGCGGUUCGGUCCAGUUCGGAAUUCGAGACAGGACGGAGACGAGGCGCCACUCUCUGCAGGAGGCAGCUCUGGAGGAAGUGCUGUGGCAGUUGCUACAGAGCAAUGCUAUGCAGCAUUGGGAACGGAUACGGGUGGUUCUGUACGGCUGCCGGCCGCAUACACGGGAACGGUUGGCUUCAAACCAUCUUAUGGACUCAUCUCACGCUGGGGAGUAGUCGCGUAUGCGAAUUCUCUCGACACCGUUGGGAUCCUGGGUAGAAAAACCUCAGUGGUCCGUGAUGUCUUUAAUGUGCUGAAUCACCACGAUCACCGUGAUCCUACCAAUCUGUCACCGUCAUCUCGCUCCCGGAUAUCUUCAUAUCUUGCAACACCUCCGUUGUCAGAUCGCCUGACUUCGCGCCCGCUACGGAUAGGUGUUCCGCUGGAAUACAAUCUGUCGGAACUGACAGAGCCGGUCCGUCGUGCUUGGUUACGGUCCCUGGCGCAUCUCGAGAAACAGGGCCAUACUUUGCACCCAAUUUCUCUCCCAACUACCAAACUUGCCUUGUCGGCAUAUUACGUCCUGGCGCCGGCGGAGGCUUCUUCCAAUCUGGCCAAGUAUGACGGUGUCCGAUAUGGUACACGUGCAGAAGGCCCGGACAGCGAAGAGGGUCCAAAUGGGUACUUGUAUGCGAAGACGCGAGGCGAAGGCUUCGGGGCGGAGGUGAAGAGGCGGAUUUUGUUGGGCUCGUUCAGUCUGAGCGCUGAUGCGAUGGACAACUAUUUCAUCCAGGCGCAGCGGGUCCGUCGUCUUGUGCAAGCGGAUUUCGACGCGAUUUUUAGCACAGAAAAUCCAUUGCGUGCAUCUGCUAUAGAGCGUCAGGAGACGACGGUCGAUGUUCUCAUUGGACCAACUGCGCCUUCUACUCCACCCCGCCUAUCCUCUCUUCUGGACGCCAGCAACCAGUCCUCCCCGUUGAAUGCAUAUGUCACCGACGUCUUCACCGUUCCUGCCAGUCUGGCUGGAUUACCUGCGAUUUCCGUCCCUGUUUCUGUCUCCGACUCUACUUCCUCAUCUCAGCACGGGAGUGAGAAUGAGUCUUCUGAUACCGACACAGUCGGAAUUCAGGUAAUCGGACAGUAUGGUGACGACGAGCUCGUUUUGAAAGUGGGCGAGAUAUUGGAGCAUGCAACGUUUGUCGAGUGA